AUGUGGGCACAAGUUGUGGGACCAAGUAAGCCUACCAUCGAAUGUGGUCUCACCUGCAGAGGAGAAAAGUUCCACCUGCCAGGGAUGCUGGACACCGGUGCUGAUGUGACCAUCAUCGCUCGCUCAGAGUGGCCAGCACACUGGGAUCUACAGCCAGUGCCAGGCAUGAUUUCAGGGAUCGGUGGAGCCACAGUGUCCAUGCGGAGCAAGAACAACGUCCUCGUCAAAGGGCCUGAAGGCAAGCUGGCAACCAUCCGCCCAUUCGUGCUAUUCCCAGAGGCAAUCAUCCACCACUAUAUGGAUGACAUCCUGGUCUGUGCAUCAGAAAAAGCUUACCUGGACAAAGCAGUUAAAAAGACUAUUGAAACCAUAGAAAAAGCAGGAUUUGAGAUCCGUGAGGACAAAAUACAGUACACCAACCCAUGGACUUACCUUGGCUUCCAGAUCCGGGAAAGGACCAUCGUACCCCAGCAGCUCGCCAUCUGA